CCUCCCGAAGCUAGGGUUCCCGCUCAGCUCUUCUGCUGAGGAAAUCGGAAGUUGGCUCGUGUGUUGUUCUUUGGGUUCUCCUGAGGCUCGAGCUCUCUGCAGCCGGGACACAGUGAUCAAGGGCUUCUGUUCCCAGAGGGGGAGGAGUGGCCGGCCAUGACUGCAGUGACCUAUGAUGAUGUGCAUAUUGACUUCACUUGGGAGGAGUGGACUUUGAUGGAUCCUGCCCAGAAGAAUCUCUACAAAGAUGUGAUGCUGGAGACCUACAGGAACCUCACUGCUAUAGGCUUCAGUUGGGAAGACCACAAUAUUGAAGAACAUUGUCAAAGUUCUGGAAGACAUGGAAGGUUCAAAAAAUGUCAUACUGGAGAGAAACCCUGUGAAUAUAUUCAUUGUGCUAAAGCCUUUUCACAACACAGUCAUCUUCAAAUGCAUGAAAGAACAUAUUCUGGAGAGAAACCCUACAAAUGUAAUCAUUGUGAUAAAGACUUUGCAUAUGCCACUAGUCUCCAACUACAUGAAAGAACACAUAUUGGAGAGAAACCCUACAAAUGUAAUCAAUGUGAUAAAGCCUUUUCACACCACAGUGUUCUCCAAAUACAUAAAAGAACACAUUCUGGAGAGAAAGCCCACAAAUGUAAUCAAUGUGAUAUAGCCUUUUCAAGUCACAGUCAACUCCAAAUACAUGAAAGAACACAUACUGGAGAGAAACCCUAUAAAUGUAAUCAAUGUGAUAAAGCCUUUUCACAAUAUGGCAAUCUUCAAAUUCAUGAAAGAACACAUUCUGGAGAGAAACCCUAUGAAUGUUAUCAAUGUGGUAAAGCCUUUACAAGUGCCAGUAGUCUCCGAACACAUGAAAGAACACAUACUGGAGAGAAACCUUACAAAUGUAAUCGAUGUGAUAAAGCCUUUUCACAACACUGUCAUCUCCAAACGCAUGGAAGAACACAUACUGGAGAGAAACCAUACAAAUGUAAUCAAUGUGAUAAAGAAUUUUCACGACGCAGUCAACUCCAAAUACAUGAAAGAAUGCAUUCUGGAGAGAAACCCUACAAAUGUAAUCAUUGUGAUAAAGACUUUGCAUAUGCCACUAGUCUCCAACUACAUGAAAGAACACAUACUGGAGAGAAACCCUACAAAUGUAAUCAGUGUGAUAAAGACUUUUCACGACACAGUGAUCUCCAAAUACAUAGAAGAACACAUACUGGAGAGAAACCCUACAAAUGUAAUCAAUGUGAUAAAGCCUUUUCUGGACACAGUAAUCUUCAGAUUCAUAAAAGAAUACAUUCUGGAGAGAAACCCUAUAAAUGUAAUCAAUGUGGUAAAGCCUUUGUAUGUACCACUGAUCUUCGAAGACAUGAAAGUAUACAUGCUGGAGAGAAACCCUACAAAUGUAAUCAAUGUGAUAAAGGCUUUUCACAAUACAAUGCUUUCCAAAUACAUAAAAGAAGACAUUCUGGAGAGAAACUCUACAAAUGUAAUCAGUGCGAUAAAGACUUUUCACGACAUAGUUAUCUACAAAUACAUGAAAGAACGCAUACUGGAGAGAAACCCUACAAAUGUAAUCAAUGUGAUAAAGCCUUUUCAGAACACAAUGCUCUCCAAAUACAUAAAAGAACACAUACUGGAGAGAAACCCUACAAAUGUAAUCAGUGUGAUAAAGCCUUUGCAUGGACCACUAGUCUCCAAAUACAUAAAAGAACACAUACUGGAGAGAAACCCUACAAAUGUAAUCAAUGUGAUAAAGCCUUUUCACAACAUAUUAAUCUUCAAAGGCACCAAAGAAUACAUUCUGGAGAGAAACCAUAUGAAUGCAAUCAAUGUGGUAAAGCCUUUGCAAGUGUGAGUAGUCUCCAAAGACAUAAAAGAACACAUACUGGAGAGAAACCCUAUGAAUGUAAUCAGUGUGGUAAAGUCUUUGCAUGUGCCAGUAAUCUCAGAGUACAUGAAAGAACACAUGCUGGAGCAUAACCCUAUAAAUACAAUGAAUGUUAUAAAGACUUUUCAUGACAUAUUCUGGACAGAAACCCUACAAGUGUAAUCAAUGUAGCCUUUGCAUGUGACAGUGGUCUCUAAAUAUAUAAAAGAACACAAUCUGGAAAGAACCCAUAUAAAUGUAAUCAAUGUUGUAAAGCCUUUUCAUGACACAGUAAUCAUCAAAUGCAUGAGAACACAUUUUAGAGCAAAACCCUACGAAUGUAAUCAAUGUGGUAAAGCCUUUGCAUGAAUCAGCAGUCUUUGAAAUCAUCAGAAAAAAUAAUCACACUACAGAGAAACCCUAGAAAGGUAGUGAGUGUGGCAAAGUUUUGCACUUCAUGUUAGUCUUUAUUUCAAGAGUAAAAUUUCAGUAUGUAAUUGGUAUUUUAAAGUCUUUUCAUUUUACAGUAGUCUUUGAGGACCUGAAAAAACUGAUACUCAAGGAAAUCUGGCCAUAAAGGGUUUGGUAAGAUCUUUAUUCACCUGACUUAAAUUCAGUUACACAAGUUCAUUCUGGAGAAGAAAUCUGACAAGUGUUACCAAUCUGUUCAAGCAUUAUGAUGUCUCUCUUUAUUUUAUUUGCACCUGCAAACUCAUAUGGUGAAAAUAACUAUGAAUUUAAAUGAUGAGGUAACCCUUUUAAAUUCCACAGUUCUCUUAAAUUACAUGAAAUUACAAUCCAGUUGUAAAAUUUAA